AUGCACUUCUCCCAGCUACGAAUACCCAGUGGUUAUAUCACAAUUCGCCGGACAACAGUAAUUGUUGGUCUUGGAAUAGGCAUUGGUGUUGCAGUAAUUGGUUAUUUCAGUAUAAAAAGGUUUUGGGGAAGCGUUCGCAGAAGAGAAUCCGAAGAAUAUAACGAUGCUACCGAAAACCUUCCAAAUGGUCUUGUUGUUCCUCAAAGUGCGGAUUUCACUAAUUUACGAAUUGGUAGGACUAGAGGUGGACCAUCAUUUGGGUCAUCACAGCGAAAUUUAUCCAAAUCAAACAAUAUACCAGUCGCUGAAUCAGACCUAAUUUCUGGUUUACAAUCGGUACAGGAAAUAUUACAGCGAAUAGAACGAGCAACUGCUUCAUUAGAUAUGGUAAAAAAUCGUUCAGAAAAAGAUUGCAAACGAUCGGAGUUACUUUCUUCUGUAUUAGACAGGUUACGAAUUUUGGAAACAGACAUUACAAGAGUAGUGCAGGAAGGUGGUUAUGAAAAAGAAAUUCUCUCUAGCGAUGAAACAUUUUGGUCAGCAGGCGGAUCACAACGGGCAGGCACUUUAUCAGUUCUCUCUGACGAUUCCUUCUGGUCAGCCUAUGAAGAACUUCCUGUAAGUAUAGAUGACGCUGAUGUUCUAAUGCGUGAACCAUUGAAUUUGGAUAGGGACGCACUGCAUUUCUAUCAAAAGGGUGUAGCAGCUGCGAAGGCAGGUGAAGUGAACUGUAGGAAAAUAAGAACAGAAUUUUGUUGCUGUGAGGAUGAUGAUGAUUUCAAAGCUAAAGUCUGGUGCAUACGGCAAGCAUUCGCUGAAAUUUUAUUAGAUGAACAUAAUCGUGUAUGGCUAUCUCAGGCCGGGCGUCAACUGAUUGCAGAUUUAUUGCGACACGCCAGCAAAGAUCCUAGUCCGUUUUACUUAGCUUAUGAUGCUAUGGUUGAAUAUUUGAAUGAAACUCAGCAUCUAGAAAUUGUUGAUAGAGAAUUAAAACAAAGAGGAGUACCAGAAUUGGGAUUUUGGGACGUCGUUCUAGAUUAUAUUUUGAUUGACGCAUUCGAAGAUCUUUCGCGACCUCCAUCUGCUGUUCUGGCUGUUACAAAAAACAUGUUUUUAAAUCAAGCAAUGAAGGAAUCGACAUUAGUAACAGUGAUUUGGUCUAUUCUGAAAGCUAAACGCGCUAGACUUGCGAUAGCUAAUGGAUUUGUAUCACAUUUCUACGAUAUCUCAGAAGCAGCUUCACCAUCCAUUACUUUAGGUUUUUUGGGAACCGAUGAACACUUACGCGAUUUAUGUCACUAUUUCAAAGAACAGAUGUGCUCAUUCAUUGUUGAUAUAUUUAACGUGAAGAAAGUGAGAUACACGUCGCUCAAAGAUCUAGCUGAGGAUAUACGGCUAAUUCUCGAAACACGUCUUGAAAUGAUUCAAACUAGAUUAAGCACUGAAUUACUUCCUCCAUCAUGA